AUGCUGACCAACCAGUACGAUCAAAGGCGGCUGUGCGAUACGAUCAUCAAUGGCGACUGCGAUGACGACGCCGGCGACGGUGACGACGACCGAAUCUUCGGUGUUACGCCGAGUCAUCAACAGCAGCAGCAACACCCGCAGCAACAGCAGCAACAGCAACAGCGCGAUUGCUAUGGUUGCGGGGAACGGAUUGCACCGAGCGAGCUCGUAAUGCGAGCGAAACAUCUCGUGUACCAUCUGCACUGUUUCCUGUGCUACACCUGCAACCGGCCACUGCAAAAGGGCGAACCAUUCUCGAUCCGUGCCGGCAAGCUCGUGUGCCAGCAUGAUCUUGAGAAGGACUUUUACGGAGCUGCGGCGAUGCAUCAGCACCAUCAUGGUGCUGGGGCUGGUGCUACUGGUGGUGUAACUGGUGCCGGUGGUGCCAGCGGGCUGCAUCCACCAUUGCAUCCGGUACAUCUGUACGGUGAGGACGAUUACCUGUUGGAGGAUGGAUUGCGUACGCGGGAUGGACGCCGUGGCCCCAAACGACCGCGCACGAUCCUUACAUCCGCUCAACGGCGCCAGUUUAAGGCCUCCUUCGAUGUAUCUCCGAAACCGUGCCGUAAGGUGCGGGAAGCGCUAGCCAAGGAUACCGGUCUGUCGGUACGAGUCGUGCAGGUCUGGUUCCAGAACCAGCGAGCCAAGAUGAAAAAGAUAUCACGGAAAUCGAAAUCGAACGGAAACGGCGGUGACGGAGAAAAGAACCAUUCGGAUAAGGACGAUAAAUCGAUUAAGCUGGAAUCGCCGAGCAGUGACCACAGCCACUAUCUCGGGCUGGACAGUUCGUACAGCUCAUCCAGCCAACCUCUCAACCCCAAUCUACCUUACUCGCCAGACUUUCCCGACAACUCGGAUGCCAGCCUGUGCAGUUCGGACAUUUCGUUGGACGAAAACUUUGACAAUGUCGACGAGACCACCUCCGAUACGAUGUCGCUACAGAACCUAGACCUGCAACCUAGCCUCAACGGUGGUGGCAGUUUACAGGGUCCGCAUCUUAGCAACGGUGGCGUUAACCAUCAGCAGCUACAGCAUCAGCAGCAGCAGCAGCAGCAACACCAACAACAGCAACUAGUCAAUCACAAUAAUAACUCCAUCAGCAAUCCGAUGGCCAUGGCAGCAGGCGUCGCCGGUAGCAUAACGCACAUCGACAAACUCUACCUGAUGCAAAACUCGUACUUUAAUUCGACGCAGAUCGAACAGUGA